AUGGGACGACCCAUAGAAAACGCAGCUUCCGACAAUACAUUGAGUGUUCGCGAUAAUCGUACCGGGAAGACCUACACCAUCCCAAUCGAAGAUAACAGCAUCUCGGCGACCGCAUUUAAGGCCAUAUCUGCACCGAAGGCCAAAGGUGAAAGAGAGGAGAAUGAGACGGAGAAAGGGCUACGCGUUCAGGACAAGGGGUUCUUGAAUACGGCGGUGUUGCGAAGCAAGAUCACGUAUAUUGAUGGCGACGCAGGUGUGCUGCGCUACAGGGGGUAUCCUAUCGAGCAGCUGGCCCUCCAGUCUUCUCAUCUUGAAACCGCAUAUCUCUUGAUUUAUGGCUCGCUACCGACAUCUGCUCAAUAUAAGGUCUUCCAGGAUGAAGUUAUGCACCACAGUGUUGUGCAUGCCGAUGCUGAGCAAUUCUUCCGAUCAUUCAGAUACGAUGCCCACCCUAUGGCCAUUCUGACCAGCGCAUUGGCAUACCUUGGAUCAUACUACAGCGAAGCAAACCCUUCUCUACAAGGCCAAAACUUGUUCACAAAGGGCGACGCAGCUUCGCUCGCGAUCAUAGAUAAACAGAUCUACAGGCUAAUUGGCAAAGCCACGACGUUGGCAGCAAUGGCUUACCGAGUUCGUCAAGGUCGAGAGUUCGUCACACCACCCACAGGUCUUAGCUAUACGGGCUCAUUCCUCUACCAAAUGGAUCACCUAGGUGAAACUGACUACAAACCGAAUCCCGUGCUAGAGAAGGCCUUGGAUGUCCUAUUCCUUAUCCACGCCGACCACGAGCUUAACGCAUCAGCAACUACAGUGCUACAAACAGGUAGCUCUCUAGUUGACCCGUAUUCAGCCGUGGCCGCUGGUUGUGCAUCCUUGUAUGGACCGCUACAUGGUGGUGCCAAUGAAGCCGUCAUUCGAAUGCUGAUCUCGAUCGGAAGACCGGAAAAUGUUCCGGCAUUCAUCGAGGCAGUAAAAAAUCGGGAGAAGGUACUUUCUGGAUUUGGUCACCGCGUGUAUAAGACGUCGGACCCCCGAUCCUUCAUCGUGCGUAAGAUGGCGGACGAAGUCUUCAAAGUUACUGGUAAGGACGAGUUGCUGGAAACGGCCAUGGCCCUACACGAGGCCGCGAUGAAGGAUGAGUACUUCGUCAAGCGGAAACUGGCUCCGAACGUCGACUUCUGUGGCCUGAUCUACCGUGCAAUGGGUUUCCCCCUGGAUUUCUUCCCGGUCCUAUUUGCCGUGCCUCGCGUUGUCGGAUGGCUGGCGCAUUGGCGUCAGAUGAUGCUGCAAGAAGGGGGUGUAAAAAUCUGGCGACCCCGACAGAUCUAUGUUGGUGCUCCGAAGCGGGAUUAUGUGGCCAUGGAACAACGUGUCCCCGUGGAAGGAUUGAGAGAAAUGCCCUCGGCCGUUGCGCAUUCUGGGAUAUCGAAACGGACCAUGCUUGCGUCGUUCAAAGGCAAAGCCAAGCUGUAA